AUGGACGUCCAUAUUUUUCUUACUUUGACUUCAUUAGUUUUUUUAGUACAAAAUAUUGAAAGUAUCCAUUUUGAUUUCGAUGUCAUCUUGUCUUUUGUUACGUUAGACGAGAGGCCUGUGUCUUUGCUUUUACCGUUUUUGUGUUGGAAACAAAAUGCUCUUAAAUCCUUGGCUAAGAGUAUGUGUGAGGUUGGAGUCAGCACUGCCACCUCGCUGCAGUAUAAUAGGACAGAGUAUGACUUGCAGUACAUCUUGAUUAUAGCUGACCUGACGUGUGAAGGGACUGACAGGUUUCUGGUGAAAGCUAGCAAAGAAGGUUACUUCAAAGCUCCAUACCGUUGGUUACUUCUGAACUAUGAGGACGAUGACACACCUCUAGUUCAUGCUGAUAUCCUGGUCGAUAGCGACGUGGUGCUGGUGAAGAGGAUCAGCGACCAGGAGUACUGGUUUCUAGAAGCUUACAAAAUAUCAGAAAACUCCGAGAUAAUACACACAACACGAUUAAUAUGGAGAAGAAAUACAGCAAAACAAGACAAGUAUAAAAACAAUAUUACUAUCAUGAAUCAAGAUAACAUAUCGAAUACCGAAAAUACCACCUUACCUAUUACGUAUCAGUAUAACGUUACUAAUAAUAACAUAUUAGGUGUUCCAACGAAUACAAAUAUGUUCUCAAAAGUAACUGUUACAAAAUAUGGAUGGGUGGAGGACUAUAGAAGUUCCAAUGUUCUAUCUUCAAGGAGAUAUGAUUUGAGAGGACAUACUCUAACAAUGGUCAAUGUCAUCACGGAUAGCAACGAAACCAGGCUGCAUAUGAAUGAUAGACUGUACUUACACCAGGACUGCAUAACAAAGAUGUCAUACGCUGUGGUGAGUAUAUGCUUCCACAUGCUGAACGCGACCGAGCGACUCCUCUUCACACAUACUUGGGGGUACAAGGACAAGAACGGGCAAUGGCAGGGAAUCGUUGACCAUCUGCUGAAGAAGGAUGCUGAUUUGGGAACCUUAACAAUCUUCACUCAAGAGCGCAUGGACGUGGUGGACUACAUAGCAAUGGUUGGCACGACUGCCGUACGCUUCGUGUUCAGAGAACCCCCCCUCUCCUACAUCUCUAAUAUCUUCACGCUGCCAUUCUCCGGCACCGUCUGGCUGGCCAUCUUCAUCUGUGUGCUGGGGUGCUCCAUAUUCCUGUACAUAGCUUCUAAGUGGGAAGCCAGUAUGGGUAUGCAUCCUUUGCAACUGGACGGCUCGUGGGCUGACGUACUGAUCCUCAUCAUAGGCGCAGUACUGCAACAAGGGUGUACUCUGGAACCACGAUAUGGUGCAGGUCGCUGCGUAACCCUGAUCCUGUUCAUAGCUCUGACAGUCCUCUACGCAGCGUACUCCGCAAACAUCGUGGUGCUGCUGCGAGCUCCCAGCUCCUCCGUCAGAAGUCUACCUGAUCUCCUCAACUCACCACUUAAAUUGGGCGCCAGUGAUUUUGAGUACAAUCGGUAUUUCUUUAAGAAACUCAAUGAUCCAAUACGUAAAGCGAUUUACGAAAAGAAGAUUGCACCGAAGGGAAAGCAAGCAAAUUUCUACUCAAUGAAAGAUGGCGUCGAGAGAAUUAGAAAGGGUCUAUUCGCCUUCCACAUGGAGCUGAACCCAGGAUACCGACUGAUCCAGGAGACAUACCAGGAGGACGAGAAGUGUGACCUGGUGGAAAUUGAUUACAUCAACGAGAUAGACCCCUGGGUUCCAGGACAAAAGAGGUCGCCUUUCAAGGAUCUUUUUAAGAUAAAGUAA